AUGAUUAAAUCUGUGUUACAGUCUAUUCCGACUUAUAUGAUGAGCCUUUUUCUUCUUCCUUCUACUUUAUUAUAUGAGAUUGAAAAGAUGAUGAACUCGUUUUGGUGGGGAAAUAAAAGAGAUAGAGCUAGAGGCAUUCACUGGUUUUCGUGGGAUCGCUUAUCUAUGCCAAAAGAUGUAAGGGGUAUGGGGUUCAAGAAUUGCAGUGCUUUCAACUAUGCGAUGCUAAGCAAACAGGCUUGGAGAAUUAUGGCUAAUCCUGAUACUCUUGUCUCUCGUCUUUAUAAAGCCAGGUACUUUCCUAAUACUGAUUAUCUUAACUUUAAUAUUGGCCAUAAUCCCAGUUAUGUAUGGCGAAAAAACCCGUGGCCACAUAACUUGCUUGUGAGUAAUCUUAAAGUCUCGAAUUUGUUGAUUCCAAAUGGUAAACAAUGGAAUCAUGCGUUGGUCUUGUCACUAGUAGGCGAAGAGAUUGCGCAAAAGGUGCAAAACACAUCGCUUUUUGUUCCGGUCCGAGAUGACAUAUUGCAUUGGAGGUGUGAAAAAGAUGGAAAAUUCUCGGUUCGUAGUGCUUAUCGUUAUUGCAUCAAUGAAGCUAUUGAUACUUCUCAUCUUAGAAUUAAUGAAAGAUGGAAUUUGUUAUGGAAUAUUAAAACUCCCCCAGAGUUAAGAAUUUUUUGUGGCGGUUAUGUCGAGAUUGUGUGCCUACUAGACGGAGACUUUUGGAUAAAGGGAUCUCUUAUCCAGCUAUCUGUGUUGGUUGUAGUAAUAAUGAGGAAAACUCCUACCAUCUAUUCCUCCAGUGUCCCAAAAGUUUCAAAUCAUGACCAUCAAUCUAUGCUCUCCGUCAUUCUAUGGAGCAUUUGGAAAGGGAGAAAUAAUCAUAUUUGGAAUUCCGCAGAAGAACCGACAGAUGUAAUAUGUCAGCGAGCGGCUCAACUAUUGGCUGGAUGGAAAGAUGCUCAGCAAUAUCGCCUAAACAGCAUCGGUGUCUGUAUUAGAAAUGAUGCUGGUCAGUUUAUUGCAGCCCGAACAGAAUGGUUUUCACCAUGUACUAAUGUGGCUAUUGGAGAAGCUAUAGGCCUUUUGACAGCAAUAAAGUGGGUAAUUAAUCUGGGCUUCGAUAAUGUGGAUUUUGAAUUAGAUGCAAAACAAGUGGUUGAUAAUGUGUAUUCUGUGAAGCCAAACGACUCGGAUUUCGGAGCUAUUAUCGACGAUUGUAAAAGGUUGAUUACUCUCUUCUUUAGGAACUCUCAUGUUAAGUUCGUUAGAAGACAAGUCAAUGAGGUUGCUCAUGCUCUUGCACGGGUAACUCCAUUCCUAGCUAGUUUUCACAAUUUUACUGAUAUUCCAACAUGUAUUCAGAAUAUUAUUAUUAAUGAAAUGAUAUAG